AUGUCAAGUGAUGGAGAAAGCACAGAAUUUGACAUUGAAAGUGAUGUCCUGGGCCAUGAUACUGAAACAAAUGCAGCUUUUAUAGGCACUAACCCUAUAGCUGUGAUCAUGAAUGCCUAUUUGGAUAUAUAUAGCAACACACAAACGUUCUACCAUCAAGAGAACAAUGCUGAGAGUUUUUCUGGAUAUAUAAGUCCUUUAAAAUCCAAGGCAGUGUUUAUCUUACAUGUCUUGUUCUAUGGCAAUGAGAAUCUUUCUUCUGAAAGAUCUAUCAAGAAAAUCAUGUUUGCUAUGGAGAAGUUUUGA